CAGAGCAACAAAGUAUUAUUUUUCCUGUUUUCUCUCUUAAGUGAUGACGUCAUGAAGUUGCGACGAACCAUUUGCCAAACAACUCGGGACGAGCAGUCGUGUGCGAGGAUUUCAAGCGAGCAGAUCGCUUUGACUUGAUAAAACAAUCACGUUCAACAUAUUGCAUUGGAUUAUAACCUGAGGGUGCCUCACACAACUGCAAACAGUGAUAUUGACAUGAACUUUCACGACACUAGUGUUUAACUUUAUCUCGAACGAAAGGAGUAAUCGCGUAUUCCGAUUGAACCGUCUAUCAUGGAGUACUGGACGAUAGUCUUAUCAAUAUUAGCCGGCAUACUGGCCAUUUAUUAUUACUCGUUCCGCAAAAAUGCAAAUGUGUUUCAGCAACACGGAAUUCCACAGGCAAAACAAUUUUCCUCCUUGGAAUGGCUUUGGAGAAUUUUCAUCCGUCCAAGAAGCUUCGCCGAAGUUAUUAAAGAUAUAUAUAAAGUGCAUUCCGAUGCUAAGUACAUUGGCGUUUUUAAUUUCUCACAAAUAGUCCUAGUGAUUCGCGAUCUCGAACUGAUUAAAUCUGUUGCAAUCAAAAACUUUGACGCCUUCCAAGAUCAUCUCUUUUUCGGCAAUGAGGCUCAAGAUCCGCUUUUCGGAACAAAUCUACUCGCUCUUCGCGGCGAUAAGUGGCGCGAAAUGAGAGUGCUUUUGAGUCCCGCUUUUACAGUUAGCAAAAUGAAAGCCAUGUUUCCAUUGAUGUCCGAGUGCGCUGUGAAUUUUUCGGAGUACUUGAUAAACGUAUCGUCGGACAAACGCGUUAUGGAAAUGAGAGACAUAUUCACGAGGUACGCUAACGACGUGAUCGCCACAUGCGCCUUUGGUAUUCACGUGGAUUCGAUGAGAGAUCCGGAAAAUAAUUUUUAUGUCUUCGGUAAAAAAGCGGUAGAUUUUGGAGUGAUUAAUAUUAUAAAAAUCAUGCUGCAUCAACAUAUGCCGUCACUCGUAAGUCUGUUGAACAUUAAGUUAAUGGAUGACCGUACUAAAGAAUUCUUUGUAAAUCUCGUAGCUAACACUAUAAGGACCAGAGAUGAGAAAGGUAUUACUCGUCCAGAUAUGAUUCAACUGAUGAUGGACGGUAGAGGUAAAAGGGAACCCGGGAAAGAAUUGACCAUUUUGGACAUGACAUCGCAGGCGUUCAUUUUUUUUCUCGCUGGGUUCGAUACCAGCUCGACGCUGAUAAGUUUCGCGGCGCACGAAAUUGCUGUUAAUCCAGAUGUCCAGGAGAAGCUGCACAAUGAGAUCGAUAAGGUUUUGAAAGACACGAACGGUCAUCCGUCUUACGAGGAGAUCAACGGAAUGAAGUAUCUAAACGCAGUUAUCAACGAGACUCUCAGAAAAUAUCCGGCACAAAUAAUGACGGAUAGAUUAUGCGUGAAAGACUUCGAGCUACCUGCCGCACUGCCGGGCGCAAAGCCGUAUCUUGUGAAAAAAGAUACGAGACUCUGGAUCCCAUUUUACGCGCUUCAACGCGAUCCGAAAUACUUUCCAGAACCGGAUAAAUUUAAACCUGAGAGAUUCCUCGACGCGGGAGAUCAGUGCAAUUUUGACGCUUAUCAUCCAUUUGGAUUAGGCCCGAGAAUGUGUAUCGGCAAUAGAUUCGCAUUGCUGGAGACGAGGAUUUUAUUCUUUCACCUUCUGGCUCGAUGCCAAUUAAAGCCGUGCGAGAAAACUUUGAUAUCUGCAAAGCUACAGAAAGGAGGAUUCCAAAUGCGAAUCGAAGGCGGUUUCUGGUUGAGCGUUGUACCCAGAGAGAACCAAGAGCCUACGAUUACAAAAGCAAACUAGUGUUCAUUCUAGAUUGCAAACUAAUUCAAGGAUACGGUUAAUAACAUUCAAAAUAUGAAAACGUAUACAAA